AUGAGUUACAUAUUAUUUUUAUUUUCAGGUAUAUUUAUAAACACCCGAGGGAACUCUAAACUUUUUAUAUAUCAGAAUCACACGUUCCGGUUCAUGUAUAAGAAAGCUUAUGGAAGUCAGCUCUGGUACUGUUGGUAUUUCUUCAGUCGGUGUUGUCCAGCCAAAUUACGGAUAAAUAACGCUGGAAAAGUUACAGAAAGCAUCGGCAGACAUAAUCACGAUCCACCAACUUGUUGGAUGACUCCAGAUGGAAAGUCCUACAAUCUCCCACCUCUUCCUGACAAAAGCACGUCCAGUAAUGCAUAG